AUGACGUGGCUGAUUGUUAUAACCGUUUGGUUAACUGUCUUAACGUGUACUGGAGAAAGCCAACAACCUCGUGCAAUAGUUGCACAGGAUGGGUCAGGAGAUUUUACUACUAUAACGGCUGCAAUUUUUGCAUCCCCAAACCAUAGUGUAGAGCCAUACUACAUAAAAAUAAAAAACGGAACUUACCAUGAAUACGUUCAAAUUGAAAAAUGGAAGACCAAUAUAUUUCUAAUCGGUGAAGGGACAGAAAAUACAAUAAUAACAGGGAAUAAGAGCUUUGGUGGUGAUGGCAUUCGGACAUUAUACACUGCAACAGAUACCUUGUACACAAGAGCGGGCAAACAGUUUUAUAGAGAUUGUGAAGUAUUGGGCACCAUAGACUUUAUAUGUGGAGACGCAACUGCAGUGUUCCAAAACUCCAUUAUUGAAGUGCGCGCGCCAAUUCCUGGACAGUUUAAUACAAUCACAGCACAGAAAAGAGAAGACGAGCAGGGUGAAGCAACUGGAAUUGUGCUGCAAAAUUGCACAAUAAAAACAAUACCAGAAUUGGAGAAAAUGGGUAAAAAUGUUACAACGUAUUUAGGGCGACCGUGGGGUAAUUACUCAAGAACAGUGGUCAUGCAAAGUGACAUUGACCUUUUAAUAAAUCCAAACGGAUGGAUAGAGUUUACAAAUGAAACCCUAAUUCGCCCAUAUUAUAUGGAAUACAUGAACAGAGGAGAAGGUGCAAAUACUAUAGGACGUGUGAAGUGGGCAAUCGUCACUAAUGAUCCAAAAAUUGCAUCGAAUUUCACCGUUAGGAACUUCAUAAACGGUGAUAAAUGGAUUCCUUUCACUAUUCCGUAUUAUUUAGAUCUAGCUUAG